GACUCCGGCCGCCCGUCCCUCGCUGAGAGAGCCGAGGCGCGGGCACUAAGCGGGCCUGCGUCGGCCGCCGUCGCCCGCGGCCUGUCCCCAGAGCCUCGCUUUCGCCUUCUCCGAGCCGAGGGGCCUCUGCCGGCCCUGGGCCCUCGCGCCCCGGCGGGGGACCCCGAGCGACUGGCUGCCGGCCCGCGGGACCUCGGAGGAUCGCCCGGAUCGCGGUGGGUGGGCGCCAUGACGCUGAGGCUCUUGGAAGACUGGUGCCGGGGGAUGGACAUGAACCCGCGCAAAGCUCUGCUGGUUGCGGGCAUCCCGCUGACCUGUAACGAGGCGGACAUCCAGGAGGCCCUGCAGGCCGGCCUGGCGUCCCUGGGCCAGCACCGCCUGCUGGGCAGGAUGUUCCGGAGGGCGGAGAACAGGGUGGUGGCCCUGAUAGGUCUGACUGAGGAGACUAGUCUCGCGGUGGUCCCCAAGGAAAUCCCGGGCAAGGGGGGUGCCUGGCGCGUCAUCUUUAAGCCCCCUGACCCAGACAACGAAUUUCUGAAUAGGCUAAAUGAGUUCCUAGAGGGAGAGGGCCUGACGGCGGCCGAGUUCACCAAUGCUCUUGGGUACGGGACGGACCCCUUUGACCGAGGCCCGAACCUGGUCCCACAGGUGGGGACCCCUAUGUUGGCAGAGGCGUUAGACGAGGCCCUGCAGCCAGCCCUGCAGUACCUGAAAUACAAAAAGCUGAAAGUGUUCUCUGGCAGUGACCCUCCGGAGCCGGGGGAAGAAGAGUUCGAUUCCUGGCUGUUCCACACUACUCAGAUGAUGAAGGCCUGGCAGGUGUCCGACGCAGAGAAAAGGCGGCGGCUGCUAGAGUGCCUUAAGGGGCCAGCAUUCGAGGUCAUCCGUGUCCUCAAGAUAAACAACCCUCGGAUUACGGUCCCCGAGUGUCUCCAGGCGCUCGAGCAGGUGUUUGGGGUUAUCGAUAACCCUAGGGAGUUGCAGGUCAAAUUCCUAACCACCUACCAGAACGCCGAAGAAAAGUUGCCAGCGUAUGUGCUCAGACUGGAGCCUCUGUUGCAGAAGCUGGUAGAGAGGGGAGCGGUUGAGAAAGAAGUUGUGAAUCAGGCCCGCCUGGACCAGAUCCUGGCAGGGGCGGAUGACAGGACCCUUCGGAGGAGGCUGGAUCUGCCGGAAGAUGGCCCUGCGCCAGGCUUAGUGCAGUUACUGACCCUGGUGAAGGAGGAUGAAGCGGCUGAGGAGGAGGAAGAGGCCCUUCUUCUGCAGGCCGGGCUAGAGGGUGAUUUCACCUGAACCUCAGGGGUCCGGGAGGUAAGGUCUGCCAUUGAGCAGGGCGGGAAGGCACCACAGCCCAUCACCCAGCUAUUGCUCUCACCGCCGCCCUGUGGCUCCUGUGUGCGCUGUGCUCGGUAUAAAACACUUGUCAUUUCUGUGCCUGUGUGCUGCUCCUCGUGUUAGGUACCGGUCGGUCCUUUUCAUAUUGAUGCCGAGAUGUGCAACAGAACAAGCACCGCCUGGCCCUGCACCACCCUCACAAACAUUGCUGUGCUUAAGCCUGUUGUGACAGCUGCUACGUCAAACCCCCCUCCUCGAGGGCCUCCUCUUUCUCUGACCCCCCCACUGUAUCCAGCCUGAGGUCCUCCUUCAGGGACUGGUCCCUCCUGAUAGCAUGUUCAAAGUGCAAAAGAGGAAGUCUGCUUAACGUCUCCUGGGCGUGCUACUGGCGCAGAAGGAGGUCGCCCUGCACUGGUAUUUGUGUAUUUACAGUGGAAUCUGAGUUGGUUUUAUCCUACAAAACUACAAUCCCAUGUCCCUAUCGACAUGCAGUGUGCUGAGGUGGCUGGCAGGGCGCAGGCACAAGCUGACCAGAAGAGCCCCUUGAGCUGUCCCCUCGUGUGGUGACAGGAGCAAAUGCAGCGUGUCGGGGAUACUGUUGUGUCGUCCUUGCCUGGUGAACAGGCAUCAUCUCUGGGGGAGGACACGUCUCAGCAGUGGUUGAGAGACUGUUGUUUUCCGUGUGGGUGGGAAUUUUACUUAUUCUGUGCCAUCAAAAGGUGGGGCUGCUUGCGGAGGUUGAAAAGUUGUCCACUGCCGCCUCUAACCCCGGGUUUCUGCUGUGCAGUAAAGCAUGGUGAUGCACUGAAUGUCACUUUGAUAGGUGUUAUAAACGCGAAUUUAUAAAAUAAAGGAAUGCUAAUAGAA